AUGUUUCAGCAACGAAAAAGCUCCCAGAAACCGGCGGAUGGCUUGGUGGCAACCUUUCGCCAACAGUUCCCAGAAGUUUCCUCCACCCUCGAGGAUCCUACAGAGACCAUCCCGGCUUCCGUCCAUCCUAUCGACAAUGCUGGCAUUGCCGCACCACUCGCCCACAGCGGCGCACAUCCACAUCCACAUAUGGGCUUGGGAGGCGGCUUUCACGAUCAUGACCCGACGCCUCGAGCCUCGAACGAGCCAUGGAGAUUCACACCGUCGAUGAUGGACCCCAACGUCUUCAACAUUGAAAACUUUGUCACCACCCCGACCGGAUACUACACAGCCACACCAGGAGCCGGCCUAGCAGCAGCGGCGCCAGCAGUACCAGGUCUGGGAACGACCAUGACCAUGCCCAACUCGGUCACGGCCAUGCACGCCGGCCCCGGCAUCAUCGACAUCGGAGGCUUCCACCCGCUCACCUCACACCAGAUGGCCCACUUCGGCGGUCCGUUUGGCCAUCACCCGCAACAGCAGCAGCAGCAGCAGCAGCAGCAGCAGCAGCAGCAGCCUCCUCCUCCUCCUCCGCCGCCACCGUCACAUCAGCAGCACCAGCACCAGCACCAGCACCAGCACCAGCACCAGCAGCCGCACCCGUUCGUUCCCUCUUCGUACGGCCAUCACGAUACAGGUUACGAGACGAUGGAGCAGGAUGACUCGCCGCUCAACUCGAACCCGGACGAGCACGCGGCCUCGAUGAACCCGGCCUUUCAGACGGCGACGCCCAUCAUGGCCUACCCACCGAACCAGAUGCACCCGACGGCGGCGACGGCGACGGCGACGACCCGCAUGACCCAGCCGCUUCACCAGCCCACCGGCCGAUUCCGCUUCCACUCGACGCUCAACGCCCCGACGGCCAUGAUCAGGCAAGCAGACGAGAUACCCAUCACCUACCUCAACAAGGGCCAGGCCUACUCGCUCUCCAUCAUCGACACGCGCUCCCUGGGCUCUAAGGUUCCAGGGUCCAGGUUCAGGACCUUUGUGCGCGUCUCGUUCGAGGACGAGGAGCAGAGGCAGAAGUCCGGCGUCUGUUGGGGUCUGUGGAAGGAAGGGAGGGGCGCCAACGAGGCUCACCAGCGGGGCGGGAAGCUGCAGGCUGUCGAGUACGUCGAGGCCGGCCAGCCGAUCGAGGGUGACGAGACGCGGACGCGCGUCGAGGUGGAGACGGCCUCGUUUGACGGAUUCUCCGUCGUCUGGACGCCCGGAGCCCACGGCGCACCCGAGGUCAACAUCGCCGUCCGCUUCAACUUCCUCUCGACCGACUUCAGCCACUCCAAGGGCGUCAAGGGCAUCCCCGUCAGGCUGUGCGCCAAGACGAGCCUCCUCCCGAUCGAUGCGACGCCCGCCGCCGAUGCCGUCUCUUCGGCAGACGCGCAGGAGCCGGAAGUGUGCUACUGCAAGGUGAAGCUGUUUCGGGACCACGGAGCCGAGAGGAAGCUGUCCAACGACGUGGCGCACGUCAAGAAGUCCAUCGACAAGGUCAAGAACCAGAUCGCCCAGGCCGAGAGCGGCUUGAAGGACUCGGGCAAGAGGCGGAAGGCUGCGGGCGGCAUAACAAAGGUCGGAGCGGACUCGCAGCGGAGUGCGGGCUUGCCGAAGCACAAGCGGGGGUGGUCCGUAUCGUCGGCCAGCUCGGGUGAAGGAGACGGGAUGAGGUCGGGAGGAGGGGGGGGAGGAGGAGGAGGAGGAGGAUCGGGAGGAUCAGGCAGCGGAAUCGGGGGUCGAGCGUCUCUGGCAGACGACCUUCACGUGAAGCUGCAGAACCUCCAGGACAUGUUCACGAGCACGAGGCCGGUCAGCGUCCUGUACCUGCGAGGCGAAGAUCACGACGACCCGGACGCGCACCCCGUCAGUCUGCCCGGGGACGCAGGCGAGGUCAAGACGGGAGAUGAGGCCUCCUCCUCGUCGUCCUGGCAGGUCAGGAGCCUCCAGAGCUCCAACACGGCGUCGAUCGUGUCGUCUUCGCCGAGCUCGGUAUCGUACGCCUCGCACGCGUCGGCCCCCGGCGCCGUCGCCCUGCACUACCCGAGCCAGGACGUGACGAUGGCGGUCGGGCCCGGAGGGGUCGAGAGGCCCGGCGAUGCGACGAUGCCGCAGCCGGAGAGGGUGCGGAGGGUCGGAGACGGUUGGAUAGACGCCCUCGGCAUCGACAAGUCGUACCGGCCACCCAGCGACCCGCCCGUACCCAAGGCCGUAGCUUGCUUCUACGUCGUGCGACGGGACGGGAACUCUGACGGCACCAGCGAGACGGAUUCGAUAAGGACGGCCAUACCGAAGCAGCAGCAGCAGCAGCAGGAAUUCUACUGGGCCGUGUACCUCGCCCGACGGACGCGAGACGAGCUUGUCAGCCGACUGGCCAGGAAGUUUGGACUGGAUCCCUCGACGGUCCAGCAGAUCGUGCACGUGUCCCGCGAAGGUCUAGAGGUCGAGGUGGACGACGAUGUGGUCGAGCAUCUGGCCGAAGGUCAAGACAUGGCUCUCGAAGUGCGCACCGUGACGGACCAGCAGUUUAUAAAGGGGGAGUGGGACACCAUGGCCAUGGCACUCGACGAGCAAGGUUCGCCUACGACGACGACGACGACGACGACCACUGCUACUGCUACUUCUGCUGCUACCACUACGACGAUGACGAUGACGGGGAAGCGAAAGAUUAUUCUGCGAAUAAUCUUUUGA